CCAUCUAUCACGAUCCCAUCCUCAAAGCCACACCCAUGGCCUUCACAGCAAAAUGGGAGUGUGAAAUUGGAAUCACGUAAUCACCCGUGCAGGUUAUCACCGGGGAGCAGCUCGUGAGUUUACACAGUCGUACUCAGUGCACGCGGCCAGCCAGACAGGCAGGAGGACUUCUCUGCCUCUUGAAGCCUAUAGCCAGUUAGCCCGGUUGAGAGUAUAGGGCUACAGCCUAUGCAUUUAUAAUUUGGAUAUUUUGGAUAUACUUUUAAUAAGAUAAUUGUACUUUUAUUUCUCAAAAGAAUGCAGAACUCAUCAAGAAGAUCCCUGGCACCGGUGCGUCUCCAACCCUUCUGACAGAAGCCUCUGAGCAGAAUUGGAAAAAGAAAGUGGGACCAAAUCUAAUAUAACCUUCCCAGACAAAAAAUUACCAUGCUCGGAGAGAGAGAGAGAAACGCCUUUCCUUCCCCCAAGGACGCCCCCCGCCCGGAGGAGAGGAGAAAGUCCCCGGUGGUGGGCGCAGAUGACCCGGCAAUGGCCGGCAGCGCUAGCCGAUACACGGACGGACUCGGGUCAGACCGCUAUUAUAUCUCACCCCCAUCCAAGCAAACUGUAGACAUGGCGAGUCCAUGUUCGUUAUUCCCUUAUUCCCAGUCCAAUACCGUUUACACGGCAUCCGGCGGAUCCAGGUAUUCGACCUCGCUUCACUUCAGCUCGGUGUUGCCUCCCGCGGGAUUCUCCUCCGCGGUGUGCGCCGGGCGCAGUCAGUUUGGCUCGGCCUACCAGUUAGGACAGGGUGGAUGUCUCUACCCUCCAUACAGUACAGGGUCCGGGAUCGGCACAAUGCCCCUACCCUCAGGCACCGGGGUGAGGGCUCAGGUCUACCUCUGUAACCGGCCUCUCUGGCUCAGGUUCCACCGUCAUCAGACCGAGAUGAUCAUCACCAAACAGGGCAGGCGGAUGUUCCCGUUCCUGAGUUUCAACCUGACGGGUCUGAAUCUCUCUGCUCAUUACAACGUGUUUGUGGAGGUCGUGCUCGCUGACCCCAACCACUGGAGGUUCCAAGGCGGGAAAUGGAUCACCUGUGGAAAGGCAGACAAUAAUAUGCAUGGAAACAAAAUGUAUGUCCAUCCUGAAUCUCCCAACACGGGAGCACACUGGAUGAGACAAGAGAUCUCCUUCGGCAAACUGAAGCUCACCAACAACAAAGGAGCCAGCAACAACAACUCACAGAUGAUAGUCCUUCAGUCUCUUCAUAAGUAUCAGCCGCAGCUGCACAUUGUUGAGGUGACAGAGGGGGUGGAGGACAUGAGCAGUGACCCAAAGACCCAGACCUUCACCUUCCCUGAGAACCAGUUUAUAGCCGUCACUGCUUAUCAGAACACUGAUAUCACACAACUGAAAAUUGACCACAACCCUUUCGCAAAAGGAUUCAGGGAUAACUACGAUUCGAUGUACACUGCUCCAGAGGGUGACCGACUAACCCCCUCCCCCACCGACUCCCACCGCUCCCACCAGAUCGUCCCAGGUGCCCGCUACGCCAUGCAACCUUUCUUCCAGGACCAGGUCAUCAACAACCUGUCCCAGAACCGCUUCUACAACAGUGAGAGGACAGUACCCCAGACCAACAGCCUCCUUUCCCCCCAGCCAGAGGACAGCGCCUCCCAGAGGUGGUUUAUCUCCAUGCAGCAGGGAGGAGCUGGUCCCAACAAGCUGGAUCUCAGUUCCUAUGAAGGGGACUACUCCAGCAGCCUGCUCCCCUAUGGUAUCAAGUCCCUGCCUCUACAGACCCCCCACGCUCUCACCUACUACCCCGACUCUCCCUUCUCCUCCAUGGCAGCAGGAUGGGGGUCUAGAGGAUCUUACCAGAGAAAGGUGACCGCGGGCCUGCCCUGGUCCCCUAGACCCAGCCCCACUGGGUUCCCAGAGGACCAGCUGUCUGGGCCCGACAAAGACAAGGCUCAGGAGGACGAGAUCAGCAGUAAUGGUGGUAACGUAGCUUCGGCGUGGACUGAUACUCACUCCUCCACUCUGAGCCUGGAGAAGGCUGACUCUGGGAACAUGGUGUGUAAGAGGAGACGUACGUCUCUGAGUGGACCCGGCACAGAGAACUCCCCCACUAUAAAGUGUGAGGAUCUGACUGCCACCGACACCUACAGCAAAGACUCCUCCGUUUCUAAAAGCAUGGCUUACUAUUCCUUCUACACAAGCCCUUAA